ACUGUCUGUCAAUCGAGUAAGGUGAAGAUGCAACAAGGCGAGCAGCUGAGCAUCGCUAAUGACUUGAGGAUGCUAGUGUUCGCAACUGUGGUUGACCGUGUCAUGUGUGGUUUUUCGGCAGGUAGUGAGACUCCAAUGAAGCCUAAAGAUGUAUAGUUUUUUAAAGUAGCUACUAUGAUCUACAUUUUUUUCAUUAAAAUAGGUGUCUACAAAUCGUAUCUGGAAAUUCGAAAAUACGCAUAGGGUGAUUUUUCUUCAAAGGACCGAAAUGAGGAAAGUAACGUUAAAUGUCAGUCAGAAAAUAUAGAUUUGUUUAUUGGCACGAUACUUUAGAUAUAUAAAACAUUUGGUUGUUUCCACACAAACAUUUAAAAACAUUGUUGUUUGUUUGCCUACACUGGCCUUACGCUUAUACGUUUGCAACGUGACUGUUAAUUAUAUAUCUAAACCUGUACAAUACAAACGAUACAACAUUGAUUAACAUGGGCUCGACGCGCCGUCACGCGCAAAAGGUGCCAGAAAUGAAGAGAACACACUUGCUGAUGAGGGGAGCACCGUAGUAAGGAUCGCGGAUGGGCAGAUGAAAACAAGUGGCAAAACCACUCUCUGUUAGAAAUGGCCAAAAACACAUCCCUAUAUUUCCGUAUUGUAGAGGGCAGGAGCCUACCAGCCAAAGACGUCUCUGGGACCAGUGACCCAUAUUGCAUUGUAAAAGUGGACAAUGAAGUUGUGGCCAGGACAGCCACAGUGUGGAAGAAUCUUAACCCUUUCUGGGGAGAAGAAUACACGCUGCACCUCCCAAUGGGGUUCCACUCUCUCUCCUUCUAUGUCAUGGAUGAGGACACCAUUGGCCAUGAUGACGUCAUUGGAAAGAUAUUGCUGAGCAAAGACGCCAUCGGGGCCCAGGCUAAAGGGUUGGAUAACUGGCUGAAUCUAACCCGGGUGGACCCAGAUGAGGAGGUGCAGGGGGAGAUCCACCUAGGUCUGGAGCUUCUUAGAGAUGCCAAGAGGAUAGGACUGCGCUGCCAUUUCAUAGAGGCCAGAGACCUGGCGCCAAGAGACAUCUCUGGAACCUCUGAUCCCUUUGCCAGAAUCCUCUUCAAUAACCACAGUGCAGAAACUUCGAUCAUUAAGAAAACUCGUUAUCCACACUGGAGUGAGACCCUGGAGCUGGAGCUGGAGACCUGGGAGCUGACUGAGGGAGGGAGUGUCACAGUGGAAGUCUGGGACUGGGACAUGGUGGGCAAGAAUGACUUCCUGGGAAAGGUGGAAAUCCCUUUUGCUUGCCUGCACAAGACACCUCUGUUGCAGGGUUGGUUUCGUCUGCUGCCCCUGGGAAACCAUGAGGAUGAUGCUGGAGGUAAGCUGGGUGCGCUGCGUCUUAAGGUGCGUCUGGUGGAAGACCGUAUCCUGCCCUCCAUGUACUACCAGCCUCUCAUUGACCUGCUGGUGGAGUCUGUCAUCUCUCCUGCUGAGGUGGAGGACAGCAGCCCUCUGACCAUGCUGGAGGAGGUGACCACGGUUGAGAGCCGGCAGGACGUGGCCAUGACCCUGGUCAAGAUCUACCUCGGCCAGGGCCUGGUGGUGCCCUUUCUGGACUACCUCAGCACCCGUGAGGUCAACCACACUUCGGAUCCAAACACCUUGUUCCGGUCCAACUCUCUAGCUUCUAAAGCCAUGGAGCAGUUCAUGAAGGCUGUGGGGAUGCUGUACCUUCAUGAGGUCCUGAAGCCCAUCAUUAACCGCAUCUUUGAGGAGAAGAAGUACAUUGAGCUGGACCCGUGUAAAAUUGACCUGAACAGAACCAGGCGUAUCUCAUUUAAAGGUGCGGCGUCUGAGGCUGAGGUGAGGGAGAGCAGUGUGGAGAUGCUGCAGGGCUAUCUGUCCAGCAUCGUAGAGUCCAUCGUUGGGUCAGUUGCACAGUGCCCUCCCGUCAUGAGGGUGGCCUUUAAACAGCUGCACAAGAGAGUGGAGGAGCAGUUCCCUGAGCGAGAGAACGAGGAUGUGAAGUAUCUGGCCAUCAGUGGAUUCUUCUUUCUGCGUUUCUUUGCCCCUGCUAUCCUCACACCCAAGCUAUUCCACUUGAGGGACCAGCAUGCAGAUACACGCACCAGCAGGACACUGUUACUGCUGGCCAAGGCAGUGCAGAGUGUGGGGAAUCUGGGCUUGCAGCUGGGCCAUGGCAAGGAGCUGUGGAUGGAGCCCCUGCAUCCCAUCAUCCUUUGCAGCGUGGCCUCUGUUAAAGACUUCCUGGACAAGCUCAUCGACAUAGACCAAGAUAGUGUGUCUGAGGUGCCCCAGAGGGCUGUGUUCUUGCCCUCAGUGACAGUGAAGGAGGGUUAUCUCCAGAAGCACAAGGCCGAGGGCCCCCAGCUCCUGUCCCGCUUUGCCUUCAAGAAGCGAUACUUCUGGCUGAGCAGUGAGACCCUGUCGUACGCCAAGACUCUGGACCCCUGGCAGGUGCGUUCCUCCAUCCCCAUCCAGUGUGUGUGUGUCGUUGAGAGAGUGGAUGAGAAUGCCUUCCAACAGCAGCAUGUGAUGCAGGUCGUCACCCAGGACAACGAUGGACAGACCCACACCAUCUAUAUCCAGUGCAAGAAUGUGAAUGAGUUGAACCAGUGGCUGUCAGCCAUCAGGAAGGCCAGUAUCUACAACGAGCGCAUGCUGCCCUCCUUCCACCCAGGGGCAUACCGCAGUGGGAAGUGGACAUGCUGCCUACAGGCCAACCGCGCUACUUUAGGUUGCAGUCGCACUCACUCUGCAGUGACUCUGGGCGACUGGAGUGACCCACUGGAUCCAGACGCAGAGACUCAGACCAUCUACAAACAGCUUCUUCAGGGAAGAGACAAACUCAGGAAGCAGUAUUUGGAGGCUGAGACGACCCCAGAGGAAGAGAAGAGACUGAACUCUGGGCUGCUGUCUGAUGGAGCAGACAGUAGCGGGCAGCUCCUGAAGCACAGGCAGGCUGCAGUGGCUCGGCUGCUGGGGGUGGUUCUGGAUCUGGAGCAGGCCCAUGCCACCUUCCAGCAGAGGGAAAGAGAGGAGGGAGGCAGCCUCAUCCUGACCCCAUAGACGGGGCCUUCCCAGCAGCAUGAGCCCGGGCCUGAGGGGGAGAGCAGCUUCCUGCAUCAGGCACAUCUGUGUAGGGAAGCUAAGUGAUCGCAGAAGGAAGGCAGCGUCUCCCUUCUCCCUGUCAUAUUGUCUGUUACAUGUGAUAUCAAGAGGAACUUUCUUCUCAUCCAGAUCACUUCUUCAAAAGACAGAAUGUAGAGGAUGCCAAGCCCACUCUGCUACGUUCUUUUCCAUGGACGUUUGACAUCAUACACAGGUUUUCAGCAAUCUAGUGACAUAACUGAUUGCUACAUGCCUCGCAUGCAGAUUGACUGCCACAUAUUAACUUCUGCUACUCUUACAAAGCUUGGGCUCUUGUCGAUUGAGCAGGACACAAACUGUUAUAUGGAUCAGAGCUGAAGGAGGGGUUGGACAUAGUGUGUCAUUCGGUGGUACUGCGUUAUUGCAUGGCUAUAAUGUAAUGCAUGCCCUGCAUCCAGCGUUUGUGAAAUGUGAAGAAAAUGCUUUUAUAUUCAAUAUUAUCAUACCUUGAAGGAGGACGAUUAUGCAAUCUACUCUAGUUUUAGCUGAAUUUACCUGAAUGUAUGCUAUUUUGAUAUUGCUUUUAUUGAUGUUUUUUACUCUCUAAUUGUAUAUAUUUCAAUUGAGAACCGCCACAAUGUAGCAGUGAGAUUUGGUGUUCAUAUCCCUGAGGACAUUGCGCUGUGAGAUGCCUAAGCAAAUGUUAUUAAUACAACGGCACACGCGCCAUAAUUGCCGGAACAGUCACGUGUUUGCUAUUAGGAUAUUGUUUUCACUGUUGCCAUGGACACCUGAGAUGAAUAUUUAGUGAAGCUUGUGUUUGGUACUGUUGCUCUGUGCAUGUAUGUGGAGUAACUCAAACACAAAGCUGUGGCUUUGAUAUAAUACAUAUUUGACAUAUACAGUAUAGGGUUCACAGUUGAUUAGUUAAUUGGUUAACGUGUCUUUGUAGCUGUACUACUGACAAUCUUAUCCAGUCCAUCCAGUGGUGUGUGUUUGCGCUUCUUCUCAGGUGUUUGUAUUUUAAGACAGCUGAUUUUGAGUGAAGUGUCAUACAGUAACUGCAGUGGUCGAAAGUAAAAAAGUCGUCAAAUAUAUAAAUAGUAAAAUAAAGUACAGAUACCUCAAAAAAACAAAUUAAGAAGCACUUUAAUAAUCUGUUUUUGAGGUAUCUGUACUUUACUUUACUAUUUAUAUUUUUGACGACUUUUACUUUCACUUCACUACAUUUCUUAAGAAAAUAAUGUACUUUUUACUCCAUACAUUUUCUUUGACACCCAAAAAAGUACUCGUUACAUUUUGAAUGCUUAGCAGGACAGGAAAAUAGUCAAAUUCACGCACUUAUCAGCCGGACAUCCCUAGUCAUCCCUAGUGCCUCUGAUCUGGCGGACUCACUAAACUCACAUGCUUGAUUUGUAAAUGAUGUCUGAGUGUUGGGAGUGUGCCCCUGGCUUUCUGAACAAUUUAAAAAACAAGAAAAUGGAGCCAUCUGGUUUGCUUAAUAUAAGGAAUUAGAAAUUAUUAAUACAUUUACUUUUGAUACUUAAGUAUAUUUUAAACCAAAUACUUUUUGACUUUUACUCAAGUAGAAUUUUACUGGGUGACCUUUACUUUUACUUGAGUCAUUUUCUAUGAAGGUAUCUUUACCUUUACUCAAAUAUGACAGUUGGGUACUUUUUCCACCACUGAGUAGCUGUCAUGCGUUUAAUGAAAAUUGGACAUAUUAUGUAGAUAAUUUCUGUUCUACUUCAGUUGGGCUCUCUGUGGAGAGCUUAUGAUGUUGACUCAACAGUAUGACCAUAUCCUGUCUUAGCCAUUUCAGCAUUGAUGUACACUACAUGACAUUUCAUAUGCUGUACCUUAUAUUUUGUAUACAUUUAGGUUUUUCCUCCACAGUUUUGACCAAAUUCAGGUUGCUUGUUUCGAGCUAAGCUCAGAGAGAUGAUGAGUCAGACUCCAAGUGUGUGAGUUGAGUUGCGUGGAAUGGUAUGUGCCAUUUGAAAUGUUUUUCUGUGGAGAUCUUUCAGAUGUCAAACUGUGUGUUGUCUUUAUUUUGGUAGUAGUUUAUUAGUAACAAGGAAGAGUAUUUUAUUUCGAUCAGACUUGUCGAUCAAGAGAGAAAAGCCAAACUUAUUGGAAUGUUACAAUUUCACUGUUAUCAAAUUAUCUUUAACUGUUAUCCAGAUAGAUUUUUGACCUAUUAUUGUAAUCUGUUUUGUAAAUUGUAUUCUCUACAUUCCAAAUUGUAUUUACUAUGGCUUGCCAUCUUUGGAAGCUUAUUUUAGACCACUGUUGUAUUCCACAAAAAUUCACCAAGCAUGCCCUCAAUUUCAAAUCUGGACAAAUAUUGAUUGUUGCUCGUUGACUUGGUAUUUGCUGAAAGAGAGCUGCAAUUUUGAAAAUGAGCUUCAUUUUUAGUGCUUACACAAAGUUACUGCAUGUACAAAGUGGGUGGUUACAGAUGAGUGGUAACAUCCGCUAAAUUACUGUGAACUGUAUUGGAAAUAUUCAGUAAAAUGGAAUGUUACCACUUCUACUGUUUAGUUUGAAUCUGUGUUUAUGCACACAAUGGACAACCUUUUCAACUUAUAAUCAGUCAAGUGUUUUUUGUAACAGGUGUUGGAGGGUCUGGGGACACCUCCUCCAGCUCUUUCAGUAGGUCCCAAUUCCCACUAGAGUUAACUGCAGCCCCUGCUUGUGUGGUCACAAAGGAUCCGUCCUGUGUUACUUAUCAAGAUAAGGGAGUUACUUCAGUGUAUUUACUGAAUCCCAAUUCAGGUCAUAUCACACAACCCACCACAGUGAUACUUUUCCCAGCUGAUUCUUACUCCAAGCUCUGUGAACACAGACAUAAAUCUCCCAGGAUUUAGACCAGGUAAAUCAUGUGAAAUAUGAGUCCUUGAAAGUGGCCCGUGAAGUACAAAGUCAGUUUCCCUUCAUAUUAGAUUAAUAUUUAAGAAUAUGAGUAAAAUGUGUUCGCAGCAUCCCCUUCCUAACCUUAUUAAAAUGCUAAUGAGAGGCACCUGCUAUGGGGCAGCAGAGACUCCCUCGUUAACACCCUCAUUACAUUAGUGACGGAGGUGAGUGAUGAGAUGAGGGGGGCUCGGCUGGGACAGGGGAGUCUGCGAUGUCAGCCCCGGGCCACGACAGACGCUCUAAGCGGCUGUGUCACGGCUAUGCUUGUGAAAGGUGCGAUGAGCCCCAUGACAGACACCACAGGCUGUCCGCAUGACCAGCAGGGAGACCUCCCAUGACAACCCCACAAGCUGUUCCUCCAGACCUGGAAGGGAGGGGGAAGGAUUGGGGUAUUUGCUUUAGUAUGCGCCACAGUGCCUGCAGACCCAGCCUCCAUUUCUUUCACACAGCACCAACAUUGAGCAGCCAGUGACAGAAAAUGGCCAUAAUGCAACAUUUACUGCCGGUGAAAACUGUUACCGCUACACUCCACAGCUCGAGCGAAGCUCGUUUAUAUCUGCAUAACGAGGUGCAGGGCAGCCAGGAGGAGAGGGGAACGAAAAAGCUAAAGGAAGAGGAGAACUUGGUGGCAACGAAAGACAGUAAAGAACGAGAGAAGGUCAAACAAACUACCCUGUUGAGGGCACAUUUAUUUUUCACAUGAAACACACAAACAUGCAACAAAAUCAUCACAAUCCAGUAAAGACGGAUAGAUUAAGAAGCCCUUUAAUGUUUUAUGUCUCUAAUCUUGCCUUUAUUUCUAUUUCAUUUGAUUAUACAUUUCAAAUCUCAAUUUC